UGAGCACGCCGGCUAAUGGAGCGCUUUUAUUGGACAGGCCUGCUAACGCUAAAAAAAAAGGGGCGUGAACUUCGCUGCUAGCUUUUCGCUCUUGUGUGAUCAUCUGGGGGAUCUGGUUCAUUCUUGGCGGUGCCCAGCAGAAGCGUUUCUUUUUUUGAUAGUCUGUGGACAAUAUUUCAAGCUGACACGGAUUAAUUAGUCUUGCGUGCAGUUGUAGCUGUCGGGCUGAUGGACAAAACGUGAAGUGAGACUGUGACCCGGCCUCUCUCUUUCUGAAAAUGGCAUUGUGGUUAACUUAGCUAGUUAGCUUAUCGGGCUAGGUAGCUGGACUCUUGUUGUCGCUGAGCCAACUGGCUUCCAUUAGCUAGCUGUGCGGUGUUAGCUACAGGGUAUGCUGAUGAGCAUCACUACAUGUAGCUCUGCUAUUUUAAUGUCGUUUGUAGUAGACUGAAAGACGAGCGUUCACUUGGUGGACAGAGCGACCAUUUGGCUAGUUUAACUACGGCUAGCUCAUUUAAGGCGCUAACAUGCAGCGGUAGUUUGGAUCCACUCGUCACAAACUGCUGCCUUGCACCAGCAGACCAACUGUUAGUAGGCAUUGUGCGGUGUGUAUAGCCAUGGCUCUCUAACAAUCCAUCAGGAAAGUUGGUGACCGGUUACAGACAGGGUUGAUGAGGGGCAGCUUCGGUGAACACACGGCUGCUUUGUGGACUGGACGCCGUUAUGGUACAUAUACAGCGUUAGUUUGCUUCAGCACCGGAGUCACCCUGGGCACGGGGCCUUGCAGAUUGCCGAGAGUUACCUACACUGUGUUGGCUUGUCUUAGGUGAGCUCAACUGCCUGUUUACUCAUAUUGCUUCAAGAACAUGUAAAGUUUGCACAGGUUGAAGAUCAGUAAUGUAACUUUACUGAGUCGGUUCGCCAUUUUAAGUUGCUGAAUCGGUGAGGGGUGGUGGUGAAGCGUUGUUUAGCGAAAUGAACAGCUCAGGAGUCAUGCCACAAGAAAAGAUGGAACUGGAUCUGGAAAUCCCAGCUUCCAUACUUCCAAGUGAUGGACACCUGAGAAGAUCCAACAGUGCACCCAUGAUAAAUGGAUUAAGUGAUAACUCCCAGGUGUUCCAGAAGGAGGUCCUACGGUGCCGGAGAAAUAGCACUACAGUUGUGAACAGGCCCAACAUGGUUCCUUCAUCGCCCAUUCGGGUCCCGAGUACCAGACUUCAUCAAAUUAAACAAGAAGAGGGCAUAGAUGUGAUGAACAGAGAAACUGCACAUGAACGGGAAGUUCAAGCUGCUAUGCAGAUGAGCCAUUCUUGGGAGGAAAGCCUUAGUCUGAGUGACAAUGAUUUGGAAAAGCCUGUAUCUUCAUCUCCAAAGCGAAUCGACUUUGUGCCUGUGUCUCCAGCCCCGUCCCCAACAAGAGGAAUAGGAAAAAAGCAGUGUUUCUCUCCUUCACUACAAAUUCUGGUGAGCAGCAAUGGUCUCACUCCCAGCCCAAUACCCAGCCCAACACGGCGAUUUGGUCGACGGAGUCAAAGUCCGAUCAACUGCAUCAGAGCCAGCAUACUCGGUCCAAUAAAACGCAAAGGUGAGAUGGAAACGGAGAGUCAACCCAAGAGGCUCUUCCAGGGCACCACCACCAUGCUGUCCUCGGAUGUCUCCAACCUGUCAGAUCUCAGCUCCUGUCACUCUCCAGAUUUACUGGAUGGAAGCCUCAGCAGCGUGGGCUCCUCCACCGACUCGCCAGGCAAAAUGGAGGGAGUGUCUCCUUCCUCGUCCAGCAACUCACCCUUUGCUUCUCUCCAGGAUUUGUCUCCCAAAUGAGCAUGGGAUAUCUAAGACUAUGGGGGGGGGGAAAGAGUGGAAAAGACUUCUCUCCAGGGAACUGGUUUCCUUUUCAGACCCUUCACAUCGCCAACUACAUUUCCUUCAAGUGGAGUUUUCCCCCACACUUUCUUCUGACUGGCUGUUUUUAUGGCUAUCUUUUAUGGAGGGUCUCGAUUUUAAGGAGACUACAGCCAUGGAUGUAUUUGUGUAAGAGGUAAUCCUAGUAAAACUAGGACUGAGGGAAGUCGCUGCGCGCACCAGCUGCUAAUUGAUCUUGGAUGGUGCCAGCCUUCGUAGGGAUACUAAUAAGUGGCUGUUGUAUAAAUCUGUCCUGCCAGUUCCCCUCACCAGAGAGACAUUGAGCACUGGACAUAUAAAGACUACUUGGAUGUGUGCAUUUCCCUGUUUUUGUGCUGGAAAAUGUCUGGCCCACUGGCCUUGGUGUGCGCACAGUCUGCAGAUUUUGUAAGAAAAGAUUUAACUUAUUGUUUUCCUGCUGCCUGAGCAGAUAUUCUAAAUAUUUUUAUGGUAUAGGCUGUGAACCGUGGUGUUUGCC